CAGUGAGGACCACCUCUUCCCCGGCCCAGUGGACUUGUUUGUGCUGCAGUGCAUCUCAUGGAGGGCAGGACCACCUGUGGACUGUGGACGGUCGUCUUCCUCCUGGGAUGUGGACGACUGUCGGCGUUCAACCUGGACACCGACAACGUCCUGCAGAAGACCGGAGACAAAGGCAGUUUGUUCGGCUUCUCUCUCGCCAUGCACCAUCAGGUCGCUCCGGAGGAUAAGAGAAUGCUGCUGGUUGGUGCCCCGAGAGCAAAGAAAUUGUGGAAUCAAAAUUCUGAAGUGACGGGAGGACUUUACAAGUGUACCAUAACCUCCGACUCACUGAAAUGUGACAGAGUUAUCUUUGAUAACGACGAGGAUAUAAAUACAGAAAGCAAAGAGAACCAGUGGAUGGGAGUGACAGUCAACAGUCAGGGCCCAGGAGGCAAGAUUGUGACAUGUGCCCAUCGCUACAAGCGGCGUGCUCGGGUAAACACAGCCCUCGAGUCCCGCGACAUUAUCGGCCGCUGCUACGUGCUGAGUCAGUCGUUGACUAUUGAUCCCGCGUCGGGUGAAGAGGGAGGGAGUUGGCAUUUCUGUGAGAGCCGGCCCAGAGGCCACGAGAUGUUUGGCUCCUGCCAGCAGGGACUCUCUGCCACAUUCGACAAGGACUACCACUACCUCAUCUUCGGGGCUCCUGGAGCGUACAACUGGAAAGGUAUGGUACGCUUGGAACAAAAGAACGAAUCAUUCAUAGAAAUGGAUAUCUUUGACGACGGUCCUUUUGAGGUUGGAGAUGAGGACGAAAAGAACCCUGAGCUGGUUCCCGCCCCACCCAACAGCUACCUUGGCUUCUCUCUGGACUCUGGAAGCGGUCUGACCAAGAAGGGCCAACUCACCGUGGUGGCAGGAGCUCCCAGAGCCAAUCACAGUGGGAGUGUGGUGCUGCUGAAGAAAGGCGAUGAUACAACCAAAAUCUUGCUGGAAGAGUUCACCCUGGAAGGAGAAGGGCUAGCCUCGUCUUUCGGCUACGACGUGGCCGUGCUGGAUCUCAAUGCGGACGGUUGGCUGGACAUAGUGGUGGGAGCACCCCAGUACUUUGAGAAGGAUGGGAUAAUAGGAGGAGCCGUCUAUGUCUAUGUCAACAAAGCCGGAAAGUGGAACACAGUGACCCCCACCAGAAUAAACGGACCUCAGGACUCCAUGUUUGGCCUGGCGGUGGAGAACCUGGGGGACAUCAAUCAGGAUGGUUACGAUGAUUUUGCAGUGGGAGCUCCAUAUGACAAUCAUGGUGCAGGGAAUGUUUACAUCUACCAGGGAGCAGCCAAAGGUCUCAGGUCUGAAAAAGCCUCACAGGUUUUGUCCGGCCAGGCUUUUGGAGUGACUCUGUUUGGCUACUCUUUGUCCGGAAACUUGGACAUGGAUAAGAACGCCUACCCUGACUUGGCGGUCGGAUCGCUCUCUGACUCCGUCUUUCUCUUCAGAACUCGCCCAGUUAUUAGCAUCAAGAAGGAAAUCAAGUUCUCGCCGAAUGAAAUCGACUUCACCAAAAAGAAAUGUGGCAACAAGUUCUGCUUGGAUGUUGAUGCGUGCUUCACCUUCACUGCCAAGAACUACGCUCAAAGUCUGACCUUGGUGUUCUCCCUCGAGGCAGAUGCUGAGCACAGGAAGAAGAAUCUUCCGUCCAGAGCGACCUUCUCUGACUCCUCUGAAAAUCCCUACCAGUCCAAAGGGACCAUCACCAUGGACAUGUCAGGAAAGGAAAAGUGCAUUAAGCGUAAGCUUUUCAUACAGAGUGAUAUUCAAGACAAGCUGCACGGGAUCCCCAUCGACGUGUCCGUGGAAAUCCAGGACGGCAGCCGUAAACGGAGACAGAGCUCAACUGCUGAAGUACCACCUAUCCUCGACGCCAAUGAGCCAAUGAAAACUCGGUCGCAGGUGAAUUUCCUGAUGGAAGGGUGUGGCGGCGACAAUGUUUGCCAGAGCAACUUGCAGGUGAAUUAUCGCUACGGCCACAGGACGACUGAUGGCGGCAUAUUCACCCCAUUCGAAAUGAAGGGCGGCGUGCCGGUGAUCACGCUCAGUGACCAGAAGAACAUCACCUUGGAGGUCAAAGUGUCCAAUCUGGAGGGAGACGAUGCACACGAAGCCUCUUUGAUCGCCACCUUCCCUCGCUCCCUAACCUACUCUGCUUCCCGCGUUGCACCUACUGAGCUGGAGGUAAUCUGUAAAGCCAAUAAAAAUGGUUCGAAUGCUGACUGUGAGCUUGGAAACCCCUUCAGACGUAACUCAGCGACGACCUUCUACAUUAUUCUGAGCACAUCAGGCAUCUCUCUCAACACUACUGAACUGGAGAUUACUCUUCAGCUCGUAACGACAAGUGUCCAGGUGAAAAUAGCCCCAAUCAAAGCAAAGUUGAAGGUGGUCAUCAUGUUGCAGCUGUCCUUAUCAGGACAAGCCCAGCCGUCUCAGGUCUACUUUACAGGGAAGGUCAAAAGUGAGUCGGACAUGAAGGUUGAAAGUGACAUUGGCAGUGCCAUCACACACCAGUUCAGAAUAAUCAAUCUCGGGAAGCACUUGGAAGACUUUGGCACCGCCACCCUCGACAUCCACUGGCCAAAAAAGACAGUGAAGGGGAAGUGGCUGCUCUACCUGAUGGAUAUCAGCUCCACUGGAGUAGACAAGCUAGAGUGCUCCCCUAAAGCGGAGGUCAACCCUCUGAAAAUGGAACCAAAAAGCAGGAUGAGAAGAGCAGCAGCAAACACCCGGGGAAGUGACGAGGGCUCGAUUUCACAUUUAAUUGACAAGAAAAAAUCAAAAACUCUGUCCUGUGACGAUGGGGCAGACUGUGUGACGAUCAAGUGCCCCCUACGGGGCCUGGACAGCAGUGCAGUCAUCACUCUCAAAUCUCGCCUCUGGAACAGCACCUUUAUAGAGAGUUUUUCCAAGCUCCAUCAUGCCGAGGUGAUAGUGAAGGCCUCUCUGCAUGUCGAUGGCGCUAGGAACGCAGCGCUAGAAAAUUCUGAGACACAGGUGAGGCUGACGGUGUUCCCAAAGAGGGUUGAAGCUCACUCCGGGGGAAUGCCAUGGUGGAUCAUCGUGCUGUCCAUCUUAUUCGGGCUGCUGCUGUUGGCCCUGUUGGCUUUCCUUCUGUGGAAGUGUGGCUUUUUUAGGCGUGCCAAAUAUGAAGACAGAGUUCCCAGUUACCAUGCUGUUUGCAUCAAACGGGAGGAGAGGGCAAGAAACGCAAGGAAUGGGAACUGGGAAAACUUGGAAAAGCAGCCCUGGAUCACAACAAGGAACAUUGUUCCUAACAGCCAAUGAGAAUGGGACUUUGCUGUCGCUUCCUGAUGAACUCCCAGUUUCACAGAUUUUGUAUCCUGCCUAGUCUUUGCAAUGUGGUCUGUUAAUAUCAUAAAAAUGUAAAAAAAGUUGUAGGACUAAAUUCUUGAUGAAGCAGUCGACACUGAGGGCUGAAUUGAUCUUGGCUGAAGUCUUUAUGAAUCACUAGAAGGAGUGUUGCAGUGUGGAGAUGGUACUGCAGUCUGUCAGGGCUUUGGAGCUUGUGUUGUACAUUUAUUACAUUCAGUGUUGACUGGGGAGGAGAAGUGGGAUUAUAGAGAGUUUUUGUUAAAAAAAAAAAAAUUACGUUUGCAGGAUUGUUUUGUAUUUAUUCUUCAUGAGGAGAACUUCAUGUUCUGUGACCUACAAACCAAAGAGUGAUCAAUGCAUACGGAGCCACUGCUCCUGGAACUGUGGAUCGAUCAGUUGCACUAUGUGGAUUAACUGCAAUUUAUCACAGUUGUUGAGCACUCGGGUUUCAAGUAUACUACCAAGCCUCUGCAGAAUUCACAGUCUGUAAACAAAAUAAAAAUAAAUUCUAAACAUUG